AUGACUCCACAGCUCUGGGCUGCCUGGCUUUUGUCCCUGCUCCUGGUCAGCUUUGCUCAGGAGGAGCCAGAAAAGGUGAGUGUGAAUUGCAACCAAGGUGUGUCAGGCACCGUCUAUGAUUACAAAGCCAAAACCCUUGAUGGAGAAGAUAUCCAGUUCUCCAAGUACUCCGGCAAGAACAUACUCUUUGUCAAUGUGGCCACCUACUGCGACUAUACAGCUCAGUAUCCUGAACUCAACAGUCUCCAGGAGGAACUGAAAAAUGACAUCACUGUGUUGGGUUUUCCUUGCAACCAGUUUGGGAAACAAGAACCAGGAAGGAACUCAGAAAUUCUUUCUGGAAUCCAGUACGUGCGCCCAGGUGGUGGCUUUGUCCCCAACUUCCAGCUCUUUGAGAAAGGGGAUGUGAAUGGAAAAAAUGAACAGCAAGUCUUUACCUUUCUCAAGAACUCUUGCCCUCCAACAUCUGAACUCUUGGGCUCACCGGACUAUCUCUUCUGGGAUCCCAUGAAGGUCCAUGACAUUCGUUGGAACUUUGAGAAGUUCUUUGUGAAUACUAGUGGAACCCCUGUCAUGCGCUGGUCCCAUAAGAUUCCAGUCAACAAGGUCAAAGAAGACAUCAAAAGCUAUCUUGGGUAG